CACCGGUGUUGGAGGAGGCAGCAGCACCUGAAUCUCGCUUUAACUACUGUCCUGACGGCUGGUACAGCCACAACUCUCGCUGCUUCAUCGUCAGCAACACAGCCAGCACCUGGUUCAGUGCUGAGGAGCACUGCACCGGCCUGGGGGCCCACCUGGCCUCGGCCACCAACCCCAGAGAGUACGCUUUCCUGCAGGAGAUCACAAAGAGAUCCGGUCUGAGCAACGCAUGGCUGGGAGGCUUCAGGCUGCAGAGCCGCUGGAUGUGGAUUGAUAGUCAGGGCUUAUACUACACCAACUGGUACUCCCAGUCCUCCUCCAGCAGCUACCCCUGCAUGUACUUAACCACCAGCAAUGGUUGGUGUAACACCCAGUGCACCAGUAGCCUGCGCUUCAUCUGCUCCAAGAAUCCUUUCACCUGUUAACUUACAGGCUGAACAUGUGGGCUCUGUUUCUGUUUGAAGCCAACCCAUAUCUUACUGAAUGUAUCAUUGUGUA